AUGGGCCACAAACACAGCAAAUCCAAAUCCUCCGAUCAGCCACCGCCCUCCUCCUAUUCCUCCAGCAACGUCGUGCACCAUGCUAAAACGGCUGGAGAACGCCGUGGAUCUUCCGGUUCCGGUUCCGGACCCGUCGGAUCCUCCUCAGGCUCAGGAACCGGCGGAUCCCGUUCCACCACAUCUCCUCAGCAGAACGGUCGGAUCCUCGGCCGUCCGAUGGAGAAUGUCAGGGGAACCUACGAGUUCGGUCGUGAGCUAGGUCGUGGCCAGUUCGGAGUCACCUACCUCGUCACUCACAAAGAGACCAAGAAACUGUUCGCCUGCAAGUCAAUCCCCACGCGCCGCCUUGUCCACCGUGACGACAUUGAAGAUGUUCGCCGUGAAGUCCAGAUUAUGCACCAUCUCAGUGGCCACAGGAACAUAGUGGACUUGAAAGGAGCUUACGAGGACAGACACUCGGUGAAUCUAGUGAUGGAGCUGUGUGAAGGAGGAGAACUGUUCGACAGGAUCAUAGCUAAAGGUCAUUACACAGAGAGAGCCGCCGCAGAUUUGUGCAGGCAGAUGGUGAUGGUUGUGCAUAGUUGCCACUCUAUGGGUGUAAUGCACCGUGACUUGAAGCCCGAGAACUUCCUCUUCCUGAGUAAAGAUGAGAACUCCGCAUUGAAAGCUACAGACUUUGGGCUCUCUGUCUUCUUCAAAGCAGGAGACAAGUUUAAGGAUCUUGUGGGAAGUGCAUACUAUGUUGCCCCUGAAGUUCUUCGCCGGAACUAUGGACCAGAGGCUGAUAUAUGGAGUGCCGGUGUGAUUCUUUUCAUCCUUCUCAGUGGUGUCCCGCCUUUUUGGGGAGAAAACGAAACGGGGAUCUUUGAUGCCAUUCUUGAAGGGAAACUCGACUUUUCUGCUGAUCCGUGGCCAACAGUAUCUAGUGGUGCCAAAGAUGUUGUGAAGAAAAUGUUGAAGUAUGACCCUAAAGAACGGCUUUCAGCUACUGAAGUGCUAAAUCAUCCGUGGAUUAGAGAAGACGGUGAGGCGUCAGACAAACCGCUUGACAACGCUGUGUUAUCCAGGAUGAAACAGUUCCGGGCGAUGAACAAACUAAAGAAAAUGGCCCUGAAGGUUAUCGCAGAGAACCUCUCUGAAGAAGAAAUCAUUGGACUAAAAGAGAUGUUCAAAUCUCUAGACACUGAUAACAACGGAAUAGUCACAUUGGAGGAAUUAAGAACCGGUCUACCAAAACUUGGUUCUAAGAUCUCUGAAGCUGAGAUAAAACAGUUAAUGGAAGCCGCUGAUAUGGAUGGAGAUGGAUCAAUCGAUUACUUGGAGUUUAUAUCAGCCACAAUGCAUAUGAACAGAAUCGAACGUGAGGAUCAUUUGUACACAGCGUUCCAAUACUUCGACAAAGACAACAGCGGCUACAUAACGAUGGAAGAACUAGAGCAAGCCAUGAAGAAAUACAACAUGGGUGAUGACAAAUCCAUUAAAGAGAUCAUUGCUGAAGUAGACACCGAUCGUGAUGGAAAAAUCAACUACGAAGAAUUCGUAGCGAUGAUGAAGAAGGGAAAUCCAGAAUUGGUGACGAACAGACGCAGAGUCAAUAUGUAA